UCCGGAAGUGACGCACAGCGGGGUUGCCGGAAGAAGUGGCGAAGUUACUUUUGAGGGGACCCGAGAGGCGGCGCCGUGCCAGGGGAUACAGAGGAGGAAGACGAGGAGCGGAGCAAAGGGACGGAGGCAGCUCGCGUCGCCCCCGGUUGUUUCCAGGGCAACGGGAGUGGGAGACCCCGCGAGAGACCGCCCACGAGACCCUCGCGCGCAGCCAUGAGCCCCGCCCCCCACUGGUGUUCGGAGCGGGGCGGGACUUGGAGUGAGACUGCUCCGUGACCCCACCAUGUCCACCCCCACCACGAGUUCCCAGGACACCCCCUUGCCCGGAAAUGUACCCCCUCAGCCCAGCGCCCCCUCUUCUAAACCCGUGGUAAAGGAGGAGCGUCCUGAGCCGUGGCCUGGGGGUCCGGACCCUGAUGUCCCAGGUGCCGAUGGGGCUGGCUCAGCAUGCAGCGUGGUCACCCCAGACCCAGCGGAGGAGCCAGAGCGCAAGCGAAAGAAGGGCCCGGCACCCAAGAUGCUGGGCCACGAGCUGUGCCGCGUGUGCGGGGACAAGGCCUCCGGCUUCCACUACAACGUACUCAGCUGUGAAGGCUGCAAGGGCUUCUUCCGGCGCAGCGUGGUCCGCGGCGGGGCCGGGCGCUACGCCUGCCGGGGCGGAGGGACAUGCCAGAUGGACGCCUUCAUGCGGCGCAAGUGCCAGCAGUGCCGGCUGCGCAAGUGCAAGGAGGCCGGGAUGAGGGAAUGCUGUUUGUUCUGCCCCUAGAUACAGCAGCAACAACAGCUGCAGCGGAUGGCACAGCUGCAGCAGCAGCAGCAACAGCAGCAGCAGCAGCAGCAGUCGCCACCCGUAGGGCCGGUGGUGGGCAGCAGCUCGGCCUCUGGGCCCGGGGCCUCCCCCGGAGGGUCCGACGGGGGUGGCCAGGGCUCCGGGGACGGCGAGGGUGUCCAGCUAACAGCCGCGCAGGAACUGAUGAUCCAGCAGUUGGUGGCGGCUCAGUUACAGUGCAACAAACGCUCCUUCUCUGACCAGCCCAAAGUCACGCCUUGGCCCCUGGGCGCAGACCCCCAGUCCCGGGAUGCCCGCCAGCAGCGUUUCGCCCACUUCACGGAGCUGGCCAUCAUCUCGGUCCAGGAGAUUGUGGACUUCGCCAAGCAAGUGCCUGGCUUCCUGCAGCUGGGCCGCGAGGACCAGAUCGCACUCCUGAAGGCCUCCACCAUCGAGAUCAUGCUGCUGGAGACGGCCAGACGCUACAACCACGAGACGGAGUGCAUCACUUUCCUGAAGGACUUCACCUACAGCAAGGACGACUUCCACCGUGCAGGCUUGCAGGUGGAGUUCAUCAACCCCAUCUUCGAGUUCUCGCGGGCCAUGCGGCGGCUGGGCCUGGACGACGCCGAGUACGCCCUCCUCAUCGCCAUCAACAUCUUCUCGGCCGACCGGCCCAACGUGCAGGAGCCCAGUCGCGUGGAGGCGCUGCAGCAGCCCUACGUGGAGGCGCUGCUGUCCUACACGCGCAUCAAGAGGCCCCAGGACCGGCUACGCUUCCCUCGAAUGCUGAUGAAGCUGGUGAGCCUGCGCACGCUGAGCUCGGUACACUCGGAGCAGGUCUUCGCCCUGCGGCUCCAGGACAAGAAGCUGCCGCCUCUGCUGUCUGAGAUCUGGGAUGUCCAUGAGUGAGGGGCCCCACCCUCCGACAAACGGACACUGACACUCCUUCUUCCUCCUGGGGCGGGAAGGGGCUGGGCCUGGGGUCCCACCCUGUGGCUUGGAGCACAGGCCCUGGCCCUGCCAGCCCUCAGCCCUCAGGAUAAGCCCCUGUUGGGGUCCAGGAGGCUUCCUUCCUGCCCACCAAGUCUUCCUGGGAGGUGUGGGUGGGUCAUAGGUCCCAACCUCUGACCUCCCUGAGCACUCUCAGCUGCCCUCCCCAGCCAGCUUACACUGAAGCCCACUGCGCAGUGCACCUUGCACAGGGGGAGGGGACGGCCCAUGGCUCUCCCCCCAGCCUGAGAGACCACAGGCUCCCCCCUCCCUCUGCUCCUUUUAUUUAAUAAAAUCUAAAAAAAAAAAACGGACAAAAAUAGGAAAAUAAAAUAUGAAUAGAAA